AGCGCGGGAGUUGGGAGUUAAACUGUCAACACCACCACGAUGGGUCCGAAACAAACACCUGCCAAGAAAUCAAAUACUUUAUUUUCUUAUUUUAACAAAAGUCCGGUUGUAAAGCAAUCUUCCACGCCCAAAACUGACGACAAGGACAUCUUGUCACCCAAGCGAUCACCCAACCAGAAGAGCUCGAGCCCAGGGUCUGCUACCCCGACAAGUAAACAAACAGGCUUUGCUGUCGGUGAUCUGACAUGGACCAAACUGGAGGGUUACCCUUGGUGGCCGUCCAUGGUGUGUACCCACCCUACUGAUAACAUCCACUUCAAGGGAGGCAAGAAUCCCCAGGUCCAUGUCCAGUUCUUUGACGACCCAGUCUCCCGCGCUUGGAUCAAGGCUAAGAAUGUCCAUCACUAUAAGGGGUCAAAUGACAAGGAAUAUCAGAUGGGUGGUCAGUUCUUCUCCCAUAACCCAAAGGUCAAGCAGGGAACAUGUGAAGCAGACAAAGCAAUUAAACUUAGCCUAGAGGAGCGACUUAAACUGGUCGUGGAGUUGCAGCCGUCCGAUGAGGAGGAGGAAGAGGAGAGCAUGGAUUUGGAUCCUGACAUAUUUGAUGAUGAAAUGGAUGAGGAGACGGACAACAGUAAGGAAAAUGUCAGCACAACCGAGGACAAGGAGAAGAAGAAGAAACCUUCCAAGUCUCCCAGAAAGACACCCAAGAAAGAUUCUAACAAGCGGCGUUCUACACGGACACCAAAGCCCAAACGUCGUCGGAUCAUAGAGAAUCAUGACAGCGAGGAAGAGUCUGGUGACGAAUUCAAACUCAAGGUAGACUCUGACGAGCCAAGCAGCAACAGCAGCAGUGAGGAUGAGGAUAGCAGUGGUGUGGAUGAGGAUGAUGUCUCUGAUAUAGAAACAGGCUCCGAACCCGAGUCUCCCAUCAAAGCUCCCCAGAAGAGAAAGCGACCUCCACCAAAAUCUACGAACAAAACCGUGGCUAAGCAGAGUGACAGUCCCGACACCACCACCCCGUCCCUCAAUAGCUUCUCCAGUGGCAGCAAACCAACAUCCAGCUUCACACCGACUGUUGGCGACAAGACCAAGUCGAGGCUGGCUACAUUUACAGCUGCUGAUAGUCCAAGUACAUCAAAAGCUUCAUCUUCAGAACAGGAAGACAACUUCCCGCAUCUUAAACUGGACUUCCUUCAACCUCACAAAAUCAAAGAUGCAAAGAUGCGUAACAGAACUGACCCGGAAUACGACCCCAAAACACUCUAUGUUCCUGACAGUUUCAAGAAAACUACAACACCUGGCAUGAGGCAAUGGUGGGAACUGAAGGCCAAGUACUUUGAUACAAUCCUCUUCUUCAAGAUGGGAAAAUUUUAUGAGCUGUUUCACAUGGAUGCUGUUGCAGGGGUGAAUGAACUUGGGAUUAUAUUCAUGAAGGGAGAACAGGCCCACUCUGGGUUUCCAGAGAUUGCCUAUAACAGGUAUGCGGAGACACUCAUACAGAAGGGUUACAAGGUCGUCCGUAUUGAGCAGACCGAGACACCAGACAUGAUGAGUGAACGCCUGAAAACUUCAUCAAAGCAGCCAACCAAGUUUGACAAAGUUGUGAGGCGUGAAGUUUGUCGUGUAACAUCCAAGGGAACGCAGACAUUUAGCUUCAUGGAUGGUGACUGUAGCGGGGCUCAGAACAGUUUCCUCCUCGCCAUUGCAGAGAAGGAGGAGAACACGGAAGGUUGCAGUACGUAUGGGGUCUGUUUUGUAGACACCUCAAUUGGAAAGUUCUUUCUUGGCCAGUUUUCUGAUGACAGGCACUGCUCCAGACUGAGGACUUUGAUAGCUCACUACACACCUAUACAGGUUUUAUUUGAAAAGAACAAGAUGACGGCAAAGACACAAUUAGUGCUUAGAAACAACCUGACAUCUGUGUCAAAAGAAGGCUUGGCGUCCGGAUCAGAGUUCUGGGAUAGCUCCAAAACACUCAAACGCCUAGCUGAAGAGGAUUACUUUAAAGACAACGAUGAGUUUGUGUGGCCAGCUACGAUCAAGAAAAUGAUCUCUGAGACGGAUGCUCUAGGGUUGACUGCUGCAGAUGAGUACAGUCUGGCUGUACGGGCCCUGGGGGCAGUCACAUGGUACCUACAGUACAGCCUGCUAGACCAGGAACUCCUCUCCAUGAACAAUUUCGAAGAGUACUGUCCCUUGGAUGAUAUUGAAGUUACAGAAUGUAAAAAGGAGACAUUUGCUGGUCGUCAGCACAUGGUAUUAGACGGAGUGACCCUAGCUAACCUGGACAUCACAGAGAACUCGGCCAAUGGUACACUGGAGGGCACUCUGCUGGAACAGCUUGAUCAUUGUAACACACCAUUUGGCCGCCGCCUGUUCCGACAGUGGCUGUGUGCUCCACUUUGUAACCCGGUCUCCAUUAACGAUCGUCUGGAUGCUGUUGAGGAUCUCAUUGGCUGUCCAGACCUAGUUGCUACAACAACAGAAAUAUUAAAAAAAUUACCAGACCUUGAGCGAUCGUUAAACAGAAUCCACAGUCUAGGAUCAGCGUCCAAGAGUAAAAACCAUCCCGACUCUCGUGCUAUUAUAUAUGAUGAAGCCAAGUACAGUAAAAAGAAGAUUGAGGACUUCUUGUUAACAAUAGACGGGUUCAGGGCCAUGUCCAAAGUAGCCAAGAAAUUCCAAGGUCAUGUCAAGGACUUCAAGUCAAAAUUAUUAACAAAGACGAUGACAAUACAGAAUGAGGAGGAAAGUGACGGACAUUUUCCUGAUCUCCAUGACGACAUAGAGUUCUUCGAGCAUUCAUUUGACCACAAUAAGGCAAAGAAGGAUGGAGUGAUAGUACCCAAUAAAGGUGUUGAUGUAGACUAUGAUGGGGCCAGCGCUGACAUUCAGGCCACGGAGAGGUCACUUAACCUUUACCUCGACCGACAGAGGACACGACUUGGUUGUAAGGCUAUGACUUUCUGGGGUACGGGAAAGAAUCGCUACCAGAUGGAGGUUCCUGAGAGUGCCCUGAAGCGUGUGCCUGAUGAUUACGAGCUCUUCUCAUCAAAGAAGGGAUGGAAACGGUACAGGACAUCAGAAAUCGACGAAUAUUUGUCAGAACUUGCAGAUGCGGAAGAGAGAAAAGAUGCAGCAUUAAAGGACACAAUGCGACGAAUCUUCCACAGUUUUGAUGAGAGGUACAAGACCUGGGAGGUGGCUCUACAGUGUAUUUCUGUGCUAGACGUUCUGAUGUCACUUAGUUCCUAUAGUCGGUGUGGUGACGGAGUUAUGUGUCGACCAGAGGUUGUCUCCCCUGCUGAUGACACUGAGCCAUUCCUUGAGAUCAGAGAUGGACGGCAUCCAUGCAUAGCAAAGACAUUUUCUGGGGGAGACUUCAUACCAAACGACACUCUUAUUGGAGUGGGCGAUGAGAAUUCAAUGGAGACAGAUGAACAAGAGAAUGCUAACAGUAAGAUUAUUCUGGUGACAGGACCAAAUAUGGGUGGUAAAUCCACGUUGAUGCGGCAAGUGGGUCUCAUCACUGUAAUAGCUCAAAUGGGUUGCUAUGUGCCCGCUGAGAAAUGUCGUAUGACACCAGUGGACCGUGUCUUCACCAGACUUGGUGCCUCAGACAGAAUUAUGGCUGGUGAAAGUACGUUUUUCGUGGAGUUGAGCGAGACGUCGGCCAUUUUACAGCAUGCUACACAGCAUUCCUUAGUGCUAAUGGACGAGUUAGGACGAGGAACAGCGACGUAUGAUGGGACGGCCAUUGCCUGUUCAGUCGUGGAGGAGCUUUCCAGGCGCGUCUGCUGUCGUACACUUUUCUCGACGCAUUACCAUUCAUUGGUGGAGGAGUUUUCACAUGACCCCAAUAUCAGACUUGGUCACAUGGCCUGUAUGGUGGAGAAUGAGGACGAGACAGACCCCACACAGGAGACAAUCACCUUCCUCUACAAAUUAUCUCAUGGAGCCUGCCCCAAGAGUUAUGGAUUCAACGCUGCAAAAUUGGCCAAUAUUCCUGCCGAGAUAAUCCGCGUGGCAGUGAAGAAGUCCAGGGAGUUUGAGGAGAGCACGGCAAAACUCCGGCUUGUCAGAGCAUUACACAAGGACUGGCCGAAUCAAUCAUUCUACAGAUGAAUACUGUUGUAAUGGAAGAAAUAAUACAAUGUUUUGAUAUUUGUUACAGAGCAUUACACAAGGACUGGCCGAAUCAAUCAUUCUACAGAUGGAUACUGUUGUAAUGGAAGAAAUAAUACAAUGUUUUGAUAUUUGUUACAGAGCAUUACACAAGGACUGGCCGAAUCAAUCAUUCUACAGAUAGAUACUGUUGUAAUGGAAGAAAUAAUAAAAUGUUUUGAUUAUUGUUACAGAGCAUUACACAAGGACUGGCCGAAUCAAUCAUUCUACAGAUAGAUACUGUUGUAAUGGAAGAAAUAAUACAAUGUUUUGAUUAUUGUUACAGAGCAUUACACAAGGACUGGCCGAAUCAAUCAUUCUACAGAUAGAUACUGUUGUAAUGGAAGAAAUAAUACAAUGUUUUGAUUAUUGUUACAGAGCAUUACACAAGGACUGGCCGAAUCAAUCAUUCUACAGAUAGAUACUGUUGUAAUGGAAGAAAUAAUACAAUGUUUUGAUUAUUGUUACAGAGCAUUACACAAGGACUGGCCGAAUCAAUCAUUCUACAGAUAGAUACUGUUGUAAUGGAAGAAAUAAUACAAUGUUUUGAUUAUUGUUACAGAGCAUUACACAAGGACUGGCCGAAUCAAUCAUUCUACAGAUAGAUACUGUUGUAAUGGAAGAAAUAAUACAAUGUUUUGAUUAUUGUUACAGAGCAUUACACAAGGACUGGCCGAAUCAAUCAUUCUACAGAUAGAUACUGUUGUAAUGGAAGAAAUAAUACAAUGUUUUGAUUAUUGUUACAGAGCAUUACACAAGGACUGGCCGAAUCAAUCAUUCUACAGAUAGAUACUGUUGUAAUGGAAGAAAUAAUACAAUGUUUUGAUUAUUGUUACAGAGCAUUACACAAGGACUGGCCGAAUCAAUCAUUCUACAGAUAGAUACUGUUGUAAUGGAAGAAAUAAUACAAUGUUUUGAUUAUUGUUACAGAGCAUUACACAAGGACUGGCCGAAUCAAUCAUUCUACAGAUAGAUACUGUUGUAAUGGAAGAAAUAAUACAAUGUUUUGAUUAUUGUUACAGAGCAUUACACAAGGACUGGCCGAAUCAAUCAUUCUACAGAUAGAUACUGUUGUAAUGGAAGAAAUAAUACAAUGUUUUGAUUAUUGUUACAGAGCAUUACACAAGGACUGGCCGAAUCAAUCAUUCUACAGAUAGAUACUGUUGUAAUGGAAGAAAUAAUACAAUGUUUUGAUUAUUGUUACAGAGCAUUACACAAGGACUGGCCGAAUCAAUCAUUCUACAGAUAGAUACUGUUGUAAUGGAAGAAAUAAUACAAUGUUUUGAUUAUUGUUACAGAGCAUUACACAAGGACUGGCCGAAUCAAUCAUUCUACAGAUAGAUACUGUUGUAAUGGAAGAAAUAAUACAAUGUUUUGAUUAUUGUUACAGAGCAUUACACAAGGACUGGCCGAAUCAAUCAUUCUACAGAUAGAUACUGUUGUAAUGGAAGAAAUAAUACAAUGUUUUGAUUAUUGUUACAGAGCAUUACACAAGGACUGGCCGAAUCAAUCAUUCUACAGAUAGAUACUGUUGUAAUGGAAGAAAUAAUACAAUGUUUUGAUUAUUGUUACAGAGCAUUACACAAGGACUGGCCGAAUCAAUCAUUCUACAGAUAGAUACUGUUGUAAUGGAAGAAAUAAUACAAUGUUUUGAUUAUUGUUACAGAGCAUUACACAAGGACUGGCCGAAUCAAUCAUUCUACAGAUAGAUACUGUUGUAAUGGAAGAAAUAAUACAAUGUUUUGAUUAUUGUUACAGAGCAUUACACAAGGACUGGCCGAAUCAAUCAUUCUACAGAUAGAUACUGUUGUAAUGGAAGAAAUAAUACAAUGUUUUGAUUAUUGUUACAGAGCAUUACACAAGGACUGGCCGAAUCAAUCAUUCUACAGAUAGAUACUGUUGUAAUGGAAGAAAUAAUACAAUGUUUUGAUUAUUGUUACAGAGCAUUACACAAGGACUGGCCGAAUCAAUCAUUCUACAGAUAGAUACUGUUGUAAUGGAAGAAAUAAUACAAUGUUUUGAUUAUUGUUACAGAGCAUUACACAAGGACUGGCCGAAUCAAUCAUUCUACAGAUAGAUACUGUUGUAAUGGAAGAAAUAAUACAAUGUUUUGAUUAUUGUUACAGAGCAUUACACAAGGACUGGCCGAAUCAAUCAUUCUACAGAUAGAUACUGUUGUAAUGGAAGAAAUAAUACAAUGUUUUGAUUAUUGUUACAGAGCAUUACACAAGGACUGGCCGAAUCAAUCAUUCUACAGAUAGAUACUGUUGUAAUGGAAGAAAUAAUACAAUGUUUUGAUUAUUGUUACAGAGCAUUACACAAGGACUGGCCGAAUCAAUCAUUCUACAGAUAGAUACUGUUGUAAUGGAAGAAAUAAUACAAUGUUUUGAUUAUUGUUACAGAGCAUUACACAAGGACUGGCCGAAUCAAUCAUUCUACAGAUAGAUACUGUUGUAAUGGAAGAAAUAAUACAAUGUUUUGAUUAUUGUUACAGAGCAUUACACAAGGACUGGCCGAAUCAAUCAUUCUACAGAUAGAUACUGUUGUAAUGGAAGAAAUAAUACAAUGUUUUGAUUAUUGUUACAGAGCAUUACACAAGGACUGGCCGAAUCAAUCAUUCUACAGAUAGAUACUGUUGUAAUGGAAGAAAUAAUACAAUGUUUUGAUUAUUGUUACAGAGCAUUACACAAGGACUGGCCGAAUCAAUCAUUCUACAGAUAGAUACUGUUGUAAUGGAAGAAAUAAUACAAUGUUUUGAUUAUUGUUACAGAGCAUUACACAAGGACUGGCCGAAUCAAUCAUUCUACAGAUAGAUACUGUUGUAAUGGAAGAAAUAAUACAAUGUUUUGAUUAUUGUUACAGAGCAUUACACAAGGACUGGCCGAAUCAAUCAUUCUACAGAUAGAUACUGUUGUAAUGGAAGAAAUCAUAAAAUGUUUUGAUUAUUGUUACAGAGCAUUACACAAGGACUGGCCGAAUCAAUCAUUCUACAGAUAGAUACUGUUGUAAUGGAAGAAAUAAUACAAUGUUUUGAUUAUUG